AUGUACUGGUUGGCAGCAUUAGACAGCGCCGCAGAGCGGUUUGAUGGCGGUCGUCGGAGCUUUCCUCUGGCCAGCGAAGCUGACUUCGUUCGCAACUACGCGUACGAGCCGCCGAAUGAGGACUACGAGAAGCUCUUCUUCUGCCAAGCGACCAUCUCACGCUCGCAGCGUGAUCCAGGUGCUCGUCCGCACAGCGCAGGAUGGCUGAUCCCCACCCGUGACGAUGCCAGCGUCUGCAAGCCCGUCUUCAUUGCCCACUCCGUCUUGUCAGCGAUCUGGCUUCUGCGCGAGACGCUCGCUGACGACGUCCUGCCUGACAAUAUCUGGGAUCGUCUGGUCUGCGCGGCCGAGUCGCUUGCGGAGGACGGGAUAGAAGAGCCGCCGUCUGCGCAGAAGCCCUUUGCUUCCCCUUCACAACAGGCCUCUGCUCCACCCCCGCAACAAAAGAAGCGGCCACACCUAUCUGCGCCGGCCCCUACACCAAAGCGCGCUCGAACAACCACCGAUGAGACACAUCCAGCCAGCCCUCAGCUGUCACAGCCUAGCGAACCGGAUGAGCAGCUGAAAGACUCCCCUCUGCACAUCACUACCAUCUCCAACAACAACCGCCGUGCGGAGCAAAAACGCAGCAGGACACUCGCCACUUCGCGUGCGAAGAAGCGGCUUGCCCUUAGUCUGGUAGCACCUGGCGACAAGGCUCCUCUUCCAGAGCAGGCUGCCUACACCUCUAUUGUGCAAAAGGACGAGUCCGUUGUCGCCUGGAUCAUCAAGCAGCCGGUCUCCGAUGACACGGACUUCUACAGCUCCACCCAAACUCCCUACCUCACGGCCUGCACCCUUCUAGAGAAAGCGCGCGUGCUUGGAAACCAGUCCUCUCGGUACCACGCUGCCCAGUUCCUGCAGGCUUGGCGAGAACGUGGCUCACCCUUCAGAGGUGGCAGCGAGCUCGCUGGCAGCCAGAGCAGGACCGGUGCGGGAGCUAAGCGCUUGCAGCUGCUGAGUGUGCGCAACGAUGCUGACAGGGAUUUCUGCUUUGCCUGGAACAUGUGCACACGUUAUAAAGCAGAGCUAGCAGCUGUCUAUAUCGAGUCUUGA